UGGUGGGAAUUCAGUUGUAAAAGGCCAGUCAACGCGUACAGAUCGUGAGGAUCGUUCAUUAAGCGCAUAUAAUUUUCAAUAGCUGAAAACCAAAAAGCAAGUUAUGCCAAGCUGACAAACACUGUUUCAUAUCCAAAACAAAAACAAUAAACAGCUGAGCAGAAAAAAACGCGCGUGUGCAAAAUAAAGGAGAAAACGUAUACAUACAUACACGCAUACAUACACGCUGACAACGGAAAAUUUUAGAGGCAAACGGCAACGGCGUGCUGUGAACAAAGCGAAAUCAAAAUCAAAACGUACCAGAGCAGCGACACAGCAGCUUUUACGUAAUUUGUAGAAUCCAUAGACAACGUGCAAUCCAUUCGAAAGAUGAGCAGCUCCGUGCUGAGCAUGGCACGUCCCAGUGCCACCGCCGCCACCAACGGCUGUGCAGGCGCCACGGCGACCGCGGCGACGGCCACGCUGCUCGCCCAGCAGCUGAAUGCGGCGCUGGCCAAUGGCAAAACGGUGUCAACCACGCCCACGGUAACCGCGACGCCACCGAAACAGCCGCUGCAGGCAGCCAAGAUCAUACAACAGUCGCAGAUUGUCUGCUUCGAUGUGGACUCGACCGUCAUCUGUGAGGAGGGCAUCGACGAGCUGGCCGAAUUCUGCGGCAAGGGCAGCGAGGUGGCGCGUGUGACCAAGGAGGCCAUGGGCGGCAGCAUGACCUUUCAGGAUGCGCUCAAGAUACGCCUCAAUAUCAUACGUCCCUCACAGCAGCAGGUAGCCGACUUCAUCAAGCAGCGUCCCAGCACUCUCAGCCGCAAUGUGAAGCGUUUUGUGGCACAAUUGAAGGCGGACGGCAAACAGGUAUAUCUCAUAUCCGGCGGCUUUGAUUGCCUGAUAGCUCCCGUUGCCGCCGAGCUGGGCAUUCCACUGACCAACAUGUAUGCCAACAAAAUACUCUUCGACUACAAGGGUGCCUACGAUAGCUUCGAUAUCAAUCAGCCGACAUCGCGCUCCGGCGGCAAGGCGGAUGCCAUUGGCAUGAUUAGGAAACGGCAGCCAGCCGACGCGCUCAUCACCAUGAUUGGCGAUGGUGCCACCGAUUUGGAGGCUGUGCCGCCGGCCAAUCAUUUCAUUGGCUAUGGCGGCAAUGUGGUGCGCACAGAGGUCUACAGACGCGCCCAGUAUUACAUAACAGAUUUUGAGCAGCUGAUGUGAGUGUGCCGCACAGUGGGCGGCGGGAGUUGGGGGACAGGAGAAGCACAAGAAGGGGCGCUUUGUCACCACAGCGAAUUUAGUAUUCCAAAUCGGCGUGUUAUAGUUUAUAAGCAACUAAUUUAAGUAUAAACCUACAUAUUAAAAUAUAUAUAUAUAUAUAAUGAAA